AUGUUGAAGUUAAAUACAUGGCCCAACACAGCCCCAACCCUAUUCAAUCUCAACUGCUUAACUUCCCCACAACCAUCACCAUUCCAAGUCUCCUACCUCAUCAACAAUUUUGAUUUCUCCCAACAAUCCGCUUCCAAACUUUGCUCCACCCACCGUCUUUAUUGCAAAACCACCCAAAAAUCUGACUCUGUUAUCAACUUUUUUACAAGCUACGGUUUCUCUAAUUCCCAGUUACGCGACAUCAUUGACAAGUCACCAUGGUUACUUACCUGCAACCUCUCCAAAAGGGUGUUGCCAAAGUUUGAAUUUUUUCUCUCCAAAGGUGCUUCUAACUCUGACAUUGUUUACCUUGUCAGCAAGAAUUCUAGAGUCUUGUCUCCUAGCUUGGAGAAUCAUAUAGUCCCAACCUAUGAAUUGAUUUAUAGAUUCUUGCAAUCAGACAAGGAAGUUAUGGCUUAUGUAAUUCAGAAUCCAUAUUUACUCUGUCACUGUCUUGUGCCGCGUAACAUUACAGUGCUGAUUGAGAAUGGAGUGUCUGACUCAAAUAUUGCAAGAUUGAUUCGAAUCAGGAACCGAACAUUGCAGGCGCGACACAUGCUGAGUUUAUUGGAGGAAUUAAAGGAUUUGGGGUUUAAUCCUUCAAAAUAUUCUUUUACUGUAGCAUUGAUUGCCAAAACAUCAGUAACCAAAACUAGAUGGAAUGAGAAAGUUGAUGCCUUUAAGAAGUGGGGUUGGUCUGAUGAAGAUAUCAUUGAAGCAUUUAAAAAGCAACCUUAUUGUAUGUUAAUAUCCAUUGAGAAAAUUAAUUUAGUGAUGAGUUUCUGGGUAAAUCAAUUGGGCUGGGAUGCUAUGGCCCUUGCCGAACAACCGGCCAUUUUUCGCCUUAGUUUGGAGAAAAGGAUCAUUCCAAGGGCCUGGGUUAUGCAAUUUCUUCGGAAUAAUGGUUUGAGAAAUAAGCACGCAAGCUUAACUUCUCCAUUUGUGCCGCCUGAAAAGGAGUUUCUUGAUAGGUUUAUAAAUCGUUUUGAGAAGGAGUCUUCUUAUCUAAUAAAGUUGUACCAAGAGAAACUCAAGCUCGCAGACGCCGGAGACAAAAAUUGCAUGUCAUGA